AUGCUCGAGAUUGAAGAAAACGACUUCACGACGCUGACGACGCAGAACAGCUACCGCACGGGCUCCAAGCUCAAGGGCCCCAACGUCUGGAACGAGGAGGAGACGGAGCUGUUCUACCGCGGCCUGCGCAUGUUUGGCACCGACUUCCAGAUGAUUAGCGGCAUGUUCCCCGGCAAGAACCGGCGGCACGUCAAGAUGAAGUUCAACCGCGAGGAGCGCCACCGGCCCGCGCGCAUCGACGCCAUCCUCGUCGGCAAGAAGGAGCUGCAGAUCGACCUGGAGGAGUACAAGACGUGGACAAAGGCCGAAUACGAGCCCGUCGAGGCCAUCAUGGCGGCGCAGCGCGCGCAGCAGGCCGAGUUCGACGCCGAGCAGGCCAAGAUCAAGGCGGCCAAGGACGCCAUCAACGCCAGGAACCUCGCUUCGCUGCAGGACAAGCGAGAGGGCGGAGGGGAUGCCGAAGGCGAGGCAUCUGCUGCGGGUGGUAGCGGAGGCGGCGGCGGCGGUGGUAGCGGUGGUGGCGCCAAGCCCAAGAGGCAGCAAGCCAACGUCGGUCCUCAGAUUACGGUUGACGCGGACGGCAUGAUCACCAUUGACGAGACGAACAUGGACCCCGACGCGGGACGCAAGAAGAGGGGCGCGGGCAAGACGAAGAAGAAGGCCGUGGAGUAUAACAUGCGCGGUGAGAUUAUUCACUGA